GGAUGACUUGUCAAGCUCGAACAUCAUACACUGAAGAUGAAGUUCUAUGGGGUCAUCGCUUUUUUCCUGUAAUUUCCUUAGAAGAAGGAUUCUUUAAAGUUGAUUACUCCCAGUUCCAUGCAACAUUUGAAGUCCCCACCCCACCUUACAGUGUGAAAGAACAGGAGGAAAUGCUUCUUAUGUCAUCCCCUUUAAUAGCACCAGCCAUAACUAACAGCAAAGAAAGACAUAAUUCCGUGGAAUGCUUAGAUGGAUUAGAUGACAUUAGCACAAAACUUCCAUCUAAGCUGCAGAAAAUUACUGGAAGAGAAGACUUUCCCAAAAAACUCUUGAGGAUGAGUUCUACAACUUCAGAAAAAGCCUACAGCUUGGGAGAUUUGCCCAUGAAACUUCAACGAAUAAGUUCAGUUCCUGGCAACUCAGAAGAAAAACUGGUAUCUAAAACCACCAAGAUGCUGUCUGAUCCCAUGAGCCAGUCAGUGGCUGAUUUGCCACCAAAGCUUCAAAAGAUGUCUGGGGGAGCAACCAGGAUGGAAGGGAAUCUUCCGGCCAAAUUAAGAAAAAUGAACUCUGACCGAUUCACAUAACAAAACACCCCCUUAGGCAUUAUUUACUGUUUUGAUUUAGUAAUAAUCCAAUAUUUGGCUGAUGAGGUAAUCCUCUCUAAGGAAUCUGAAAGGUACAUUUUCCCCCCAGUCAUAUAUGCACAUUUGAGAACACUUACUUCCAAGUAUUGCUAAUGUGCAGAAAGCAAAAUUUAUGAAGGGAGGACAUCAUAAGGAAGUUCUUAUUAACGGGCAUGUAUUAUCACAUCGUGCAUGCAAUAAUGUGCAAAUUUUGCAUUUAGUUUUAUGGCAUGAUUUAUAUAUGGUAUAUUUAUAUUGUAUAUUCUAAAAAAA